AUGCUGUUUUUCGCCAUUGUUUUUUUGCUAUGCUCCGGCUUCGGAUCAUCUCACAAGCACUUUGUGAGACAAAAGUCUCAAGAAUUUCAAAGCAUUAUUCGUCAGAAAAUCAACGGGAACAACGUUCAACAGGUAAAGUUCAAUGAAAACUCUCGUUUAUUUUGAAAUUUCAGUGUCCAUGUGUACUGCAUCCAGAAAGCAAGAAGUGCAUUUCCUAUGACUCAAGAUACUUGGCUGUAAACAUUGAAGAGGCGAUGCUCACUUUUCUUGAUCUCAGACUGCCAACCUACGAGCAUCCGUUCUAUGUUAGUUACUUCCAUUUGCAGACUUCUUAAAAGAAAUUCAAAUUUUGCAGAACCCUCAAACUGCUUUCAGCUGCGUAUCGCAAGAGUGCCGGAACUGUUUUUCUGCCCUUUAUUAUCAACUUCAAAGAGUAAACUUCAUACCUCGGGGAUAUCGGUACUUGAAAUUUUUGGAUUGACUAACAUUCACUUUUUUUUUGGAACUUCAAUUCCUCUUCUACCCCAAGCGAGUGUGAGACCGGACCUUUGUGCAAGGUUCAAUUUUCGGCCAAGUUUCAAGGUUUGACUUUUUCCUUCCCUAGGUGUUCAGAUUGAAUUUCAAGCUUCAUUCCGUAUUAAAUCUAAAGUCUUUAAGAGCAGCAAUAAGCUUAGUUUGUCUUGGAAAUAUUUUCUCUGUCUAAUGAAAGUAGCUUCGUUUUUUUUUCAUCAAACAUUUCGAGCAUAUUCUUUAAGUUUCGAGAUGAGUUUUUUUUCAUUUUUAUGACUGAUUUUCUCUGAUUUUUUUAAAAAUCAAAAUAAGUUCCCAUAAGAAUAAGAAAAGACCAAUGCAUAAAAUGCCGUUCGAAGAAGCUGAAAAGCUUACCAGAUGCUAUCUUUGACAGCUGAUAAAGUCAUCACGUAGACUCUUUUUUACCUUUUCUAGGCCAAGCUGUAGUGUGAAGAUAAGAGAAAUUCCAAUGUUUUCGAGUAUAAAAACGAACUGACUGACUCGAGAAUCAGUUUGGUAUAAUCAUACCAUGAUUUUUUUCACGACUACUCUUUUUCUCUGAUGGUCCUAAAACUCUUCCUGUUAAAUUUUCGCCUUUCAAACUUAUUUUCAAGAAAAAUUUGGCGGUAAAUAUUCAAUCGAAAAAUCAAUUCAGUUUUUUUAUUUCAUGAAGUAAUUUUUACUGAAAGUUUUAGAUAUGAAAAACGAGUGAUUUUUCCUGUGGUCUAACCUUCAAAAUUUAUGCAUUUUUAGUUAUUUAAACCUUUUGAAAAAAUUUGCAGGUUCUGAUUUUCAAGCUUCAAAUCGUUAAUGAGCGUCAAACUUUCAAUAAAUAGGUUCAGCUGAGAAUUUUGAAAUUCUAACUUGUUUUCUGUUUGACGAGCAUCUGAAAGACUCGUGGUUUAUUUUUUUUUCCUAUGAUAGGGCAGCGGCAGGCGGAUGAUUUUGAACUGAUGGGUUUUUUGACACAGUCUGUUAGUUCUAAAAAUCCCGACUUUGAGCAUUUUUUAAUUUGAGCAAGAGAAGAGGUAUGAUAGGAUGCUGUUAUUUUCUAUUGAAAAGAUUUUUUUUAAACAUUUUUUUGUUUGAAGGAAUGUUUGUUUCUGUUCAGACUUCAAAUUAAUUAUCUAUAAAAAAACUAUAGUUGAUUUAUCCUUACUAGGGAACAUUUUUGGACCCUCGAUUGAACUUUUAAUGGAACUUUGCUGAAAUGUACUUUAGGACCCACUGAUUGCAGAACAAAAAAAUUCUUGUUUUCGAGUUAAGACACUUCAAAAGUUCGAAAUGUUUUUAACAAGCUUUGAAGCUUCAUAACUCAAAAACAAGAUCUAUUUGAGUAUUUUUCCGUUCUGAAAUCAAGAGGUUUCAAAAUACACUUCAGCAGCGUCAAAAGUUCAACCGGAGGUAAAAAAAAACCUUUUCUAGUUCGUUUCAAACGGUAGAAACUGUGAAGACUAUGAGAUUUUGAACUUCUCGCUGAAUUUUUCGUAACCAUCAGUGAAUAGAGCAGCCUCAUUACCGAUCAAAAGCUGUUUCUUUUUGAAUAGAACGAGUCUAAGAGCUGAAUCUAAAAGUCGAAACUGCUUCAUGAUUUUUUUUUUGUCGAACAGGAUGAACCCCUAAAAAAUUGUGCUCUUGUAAAAGCAGCGAAAGAUUGCUAAUGGGAUUUCAUCAACGCGCAGCCGAUCCUUCGAAAUAAAUCCUUUUCAUCGGAAAGCAUUUGACAAACCCGUGUUAUGUUUUGUUUCCAUAUCAUAGGACAGCAUCAGGUGGAUAGACUUGAACCAAAACAUUCUCAGAAACAGCUUCCCGUGCCGGCCGAGAUCCCUUCUUACGUGCAGAGUCUGGUGCAGGCCGGCGAACGUUAUCACGCGACGCACAGCGGCCGACGCUCGCAGCAGCAACAGCAGUCAGUUUUUCACUUCCGUUUUCUUUCCCAUAUGACCGGCCGCCUGGCGCCAAAAAAUUUAGAGUCGCCGCUUUCCAGUGGUCAGCUCCCUUGCUUUUUAUCUCGUUUCACGUAACUUAUACUUUCAGAAAACAAACUUUUUUGUGUUUUUUCUCUCCUUAAAAAGAACGGAGAUUUUUACACACGUCUAUGAAACUUGUUAAUUGCUGUCUUGGAGUAAUUAGACUUUAAGUGGAAUGCAUCGCGGUCGCGCUGCGGUCCGAAUCCAUUCAAUUUUAACAUAAUCUUUUUAAGUUCGGUUUUUGAAGGAUUUUUGAUUUUUUUAAUAUAUUAUUUAGAUAGAACCUUCUCAGUCACUUCUGACACAAACUUCAAGUUGAAUUUUCUAGUUUCGAAAUUUUGGUUUUCUUGACUUUUGAGUGAAAAUUCACAACAACAAAAAAACUAUUCUGCAAAAGUAGAAGAUUGCAUUUCUCGCCAUUACAAGAGAUUUUUGUCUGGAUUCAGAGUUUUGGAACAAGUAUUGAGAAAUUCAUUUUCAAAACAUCAAUUUUAUCUCCUUUUUGAUAAUGCUGACAAAAAUAAAUUUCCAUUUACAGAUCCAACUCUCUGUCAGCUUCUGCAGCUUCAGCUUCAGCAGCGGCUGCUCAACAAUUUCGGAACCUUCAACAAAUUCAACAGCGACAGAACAUUGCAAGACAAAAUAACUUGAACGCCCAGAGAAUCCAACAAGAACUUCAACGUCAACGCCAACAGUUCCAAAACCAACAGCAGCUCCAACUCCAACAAGAACGACAACGUCAAUUCCAACAGCAGCAAUUCCAACAGCAACAGUUUUUGGCACAACAAAGACUACUGCAGCAACAACAACAGCAGCAGUUUUUGGCCCAACAGCAGAGGCAAUUAUUAGCCCAACAGCCACAGACAUCGCCCCAACUUCAGUGGAAUGGUGAGAUUUGUUUGAAAGAAUACAAGAAUCCAUUCCUUCUUGUCUUUGUUUUAAUCUCACGAACGUUUUCAGGCCGAUUUUGGCAAUCUGUUCAAAACCCUCAGGUUUCACAAGCGACGGGUGAGUCUUCCGAUUCAAAGAUUUUUCGAGAAAUAACCUUCUUAGCGACCGCAGCCGCCUCCCAACCAUGGAACGGUGUCGCUGGAGAACAGCAAUGGGGAACGGGAACGGCAGUUGCAACGGGACCUGUUAUUCCUCCGGCAGCGACUGCUCCAGCGGCUCCAGGCUGGGGCAGCUGGCUCGGCGGUUUAGGGAACAUCGGCGGAGGAUUCGGUGGAGGCGGCGGUGGACAGAAGGAUCCUCUUCAUGCUCUUCUCAACACCAUCAUUAUCAGUGAGACGUUGAAUCAUUCAUGAUUUUGACUAAAACGCGUCCAAGCCGUAUCUGAAAAUUAAGUAAAAGCCAGAAAUAUUUUUAGGCUUCGAAAUUCUCAUGUUUGAACUUUUCCAGAAAGGACAAAGCGAGCGAACGACGUUAUCGGCAGAAGUUUCCAGUUAAGCUGCACCAACCGCGGAGAAUCGGAAGACGACAAACUCAACUUAUGCGGUACAGUCUUUUCAGAUUUUGAAUGUCAAGUUGUCGCUCAAGCUCCGCCCAUAAUGGUGCAAUGAACCAAUCAGAGAGCGAGCCAUCCACAGAGUGUUUUUGAAUGACGUCAUUGCACUUGACAUUAAAAAUCUGAACAGACUAUAUGAAAACACUUCUUUUUUCCGUUUGCUGUCAAAUCGUAAAAAGGAACAAUGAAGCUAACAGUAUCUUUAGUACACGGAAGCAGAAACCCAUAUUAAGUUUCAACGUUUUUUUUUUCCAGGGACGUGCUGGACUUGGCGUCAGCUGCCCGAGAACUACUUCCCUCGUAUCAUCAACGAGUUGAGCUGCAAAGAAGACGACUUCUGUCUGUCUGGUGAGUCACUUCACUACGAAAUUCCACUUCAAAGAGUGAUCAUCUUAGGAACUCCAAAGUGGUCCCAAUAGGGAAAACCUUAGAGUCCUUUGGAGGGCCAAAAAAGGGCCAAAAAUGACCUUUUUUGAAUAAAAUUGAACGGUCCCUGUAGGCACCACCUAAGCUUUAAGGACGGAGGGGACAGACUCUAAACUUCUCUGAAAAGUCUCUAUAGAAGCUACUCUAAAAUUCCUAAGAUUGAACUAGAAAUUCUUGUUCACAGUUUCGAGAGAAAUAGAUAAUCAGGAAAAUUACCGUUGAUCGAAAAUCUGGUGCAACGAUCGACUUCAUAGCCUCUUAUAAGCUCAUUUUCGCUUUACUCCUAGAAGAGUCACAAACGAAAAAAUAUUCCCGCCCUUGACUUUUUCAAACCUCACUGAUAGUACUUAUAAACCAAUUUAAAGUUUCAAACUCAGUGUGUUUUUCCAUAAAAGGCUAGAAAAAAAGCAGCUGUAGAGCUAUUUUCGUACGGUAGGCGAAAAUGAACUAAAAAUAAGCCUUGUUGAAAAGACGUAAAUAUUGGAAAAACUAAAAAAGUGUUCAAUUUUCCUGAAGGCUGGGGCGAGUGUGCGCAACAGUACCGCAAUGUGGACGUGAUGCGCAACGAAAACGGACGUUGGAUUCCGACGGUGAUCACAACGGCCACGUGUUGCGACUGCCGUGUUCGCGCGGGAACUGAAAUCCACGCACUCGUCGUUGGCGGCAAAAAAUGA